GCUCUAAGGUGUAAGUUUGUAAAAUGUGAAUAGCCGAAUUAAAAUAUUUUGAAAAUGAGUAAAUCGAAAGUAUCAGCUGAAUGGAAGAAGAGAGUUAAGUCAGAGUACAUGCGGCUUCGACAAGUAAAGCGUUUCAAACGCGCUGAUGAAGUGAAAGUAGCAUGGGCGCGCAAUUUGCAAAUAAUGUCCGAAGCUAUAGAGAUGCCUGAGGCGGAAACUACGGAUCGUACUAAACGGCCCUUCUGGCCCCCGCCGGCGCCUACAUCGAGCCAUGAGAGCCUUAUGAAGAGGGCCGAAGUUACCUAUACAGACGGUUCAGGUGUAGUGACAACCCAACAGGUACCAAUAAGAAUAAUCAACUCUGUGAAUCCAAUUCCGACGAUGUAUACAUGGGCUCCAACACAGAAAAAUUUUAUGGUAGAAGAUGAGACCGUUCUGCACAACAUUCCAUACAUGGGAGACGAGGUCCUGGAUCAGGAUGGUACAUUCAUCGAGGAGCUAAUAAAGAACUACGACGGGAAAGUGCAUGGUGAUAAAGAGGGGGGCUUCAUAGAUGACCAGCUAUUUGUUGAUCUGGUGCAUGCAUUGAUGACUUACCAGACUAAAGAUGAUGUCAAUGAAGAGAAACGAGAAAGAGAGUCAAGAAAUUCUAAAGAAGAUGUAGAGAAAGAAAGCAGCAAAGACAAAGAUGACAAAAGCAAAGAAGAUCUCCCAGAGGAAAAGAAGACAGCAGUUGAGAAACAGUUUCCGAUUUUCACCAUAUUCCAGGCGAUCAGCUUGCAGUUUCCUGACAAAGGAACAGCUCAGGAGUUAAGAGAGAAGUACCAGUCGCUGACCAUGUCGGGCGACCCGCUGUGUCCGCCGCCCGAGUGCACGCCCAACGUGGACGGGCCGCUCGCCGAGCCCGUGCCGCGCGACCAGACCAUGCACUCCUUCCACGCGCUCUUCUGUCGACGCUGCUUCAAGUACGACUGCUUCCUGCACCGACUACAAGCGUGCCAUCCGCGGCCCAACCUGUCGAAGCGCAAGGGACCCGACCUCAAGCCCUUCUCCGAGCCGUGCGGGCCCAACUGCUACAUGCUGCUGGACGGGAUGCGCGAGCGGCUGGCGCGCGAGCAGGCGGCCGGCGGACACGACUCGCCCAACGACGCCUCCUCCGAGGACAGCAACGACAGCAACCGCUUCCACAAGGGCAGCCACAGCAACUCCGGCGGCGGCGCGUGGGGCGCGGGCGGACACAAGCAGCACGCGGAGUCGCCGGCCGAGCCCGCCUACAGCGCGCUGGGGCUGUCGCUGGGCGCGGCGGAGUGGACGGGGUCGGACGUGUCGCUGCACCGCGCGCUGCACAAGGUGUUCCCGCACAACUACUGCGCGCAGGCCCAGCUCAUGCUGUCCAAGACGUGCCAGCAGGUGUGGUGGCGGCGGCAGCGCGGCGGCGGCCAGGAGCCGGGCGCGGCCGUGGACCUCACGCCGCCGCGCAAGAAGAAGAAGAAGCACCGGCUGUGGUCCGUGCACUGCCGCAAGAUACAACUCAAGAAGGACUCUGCCUCGCACCACGUGUACAACUACACGCCGUGCGACCACCCCAGCCAGCCGUGCGACAGCCUGUGCCCGUGCCUGCAGUCGCAGAACUUCUGCGAGAAGUUCUGUCAGUGCAGCAGCGACUGUCAGAACCGGUUCCCGGGGUGCCGCUGCAAGGCGCAGUGCAACACGAAGCAGUGCCCGUGCUACCUCGGCGUGCGCGAGUGCGACCCCGACCUCUGCACCGCGUGCGGCGCCGACGCCUCCCCGCUGCACGCCGCGCCCGUCUACUGCAAGAACGUGUCCGUGCAGAGAGGCCUGCACAAGCACCUGCUGCUGGCUCCCAGCGACGUGGCGGGCUGGGGGAUCUUCCUCAAGGAAGCCGCGCACAAGAACGAGUUCAUCUCCGAGUACUGCGGGGAGAUCAUAUCGCAGGACGAGGCCGACCGCCGCGGGAAGGUCUACGACAAGUACAUGUGCUCCUUCCUCUUCAACCUCAACAACGAUUUCGUCGUGGAUGCGACACGUAAGGGUAACAAGAUUCGUUUCGCGAACCACUCGAUCAACCCGAACUGUUAUGCGAAGGUCAUGAUGGUGAAUGGUGACCAUCGCAUUGGUAUCUUCGCCAAACGUGCGAUCCAGCCUGGAGAAGAACUGUUCUUUGAUUAUAGAUAUGGACCUACUGAGCAAUUGAAAUUCGUAGGCAUCGAGAGAGAGAUGGAGUUCUUAUGAGAACAGUCCAAAUAGCAGUCACUCCAAGACUGCAGGACACUGAGAAAGUCAGUGUGAACUCUACUCACAGUUUCAUUAGAAUGUUAUCUAUGUGAAAUUUAACAUCUGAAGAUAAGUGAACAUGACAAGUGACAUGUGGCAUCUCAUAAUGUAACAUUAAUAUUAAAACUCACUGUUUCUUGUACACCUGCCUGUGAGAGGUCACAGGUUUGAAAUCUUGGCUUGUUUUUUGUUUUUUUUGUAAAUGUAAAGUAAGGUAUGUCUUCUCAGUUGGCACACAUUAUAGAUGUAUUGGGGGAAGAGCAUUAGACACGUCAUGUUUAAAUUAAAUAACUGGCUAACUAAUAAUUAAAUAAUUUUAUUGCAUGAGAUGUGGUAAAACCCGUUUCUCUCUUCUUCUUUAAUAAAUAUGUAAUAAA